AUGCCGCCGCGCCGCCGAGGAGCGUCGGGCUACCGCGGCGUCCGCCAGCGCCCCAACAGCUGGUACUACUCCGAGGUCCGGUCUGGCGACGUCCGGCUCGCCCUCGGCACCUUCAAGACGGCGCACGAGGCCGUCCGCGCGUACGACGCGGCGCACCAGGCGCUGGACGUCGCCCCUCCGCCUCGUCUUAUCACGGCACAAGACCGUGCGGAGCACGCUGAGCGGCAGCGCCGCCUCCUCAUCACCGAGGAGGACGAGCAGGCCAUGACGGAGUGGCGCCGGCGCCACCCGAAGGACGUCGCCGACGAGCAAGCCUAUUGGGCAGAGCAGACGGCAAAGCGCCGCGCGAAACCGUUGGACAGGCGUCGACAGAAGGCUGUGGCGUUAUCGCAGUGCGAGACCGUCGAAAAUGGUGGGCAGUCGAUCUUUUCGGCUAAUGAUUCUCGUUGGGACGACAUGUGGCUCGAUACCUCGGACCAGACCAGCAAGGAUGACGAUGAUGACGACUGGGAGUAG